AACCGUUAUAACUACAUUGCGUUCAAUAAUUCGUAAAUAUACUUAGGUUUUUUUUUUGACAGUUUAAUGACAUGUCCUCUGGUGAAGAAAGUGAGUCAGACUUAGAUGAUAUAGGAAUGAUACAAAUGAGUUUACCUAUGGAGACUUCCUACAAACAGAUAGAUCAGAAUUUUAUCAAUGAGGCAAUUGAAAAAAGGCGGUUGUCGGUUUAUGCAGAGCAUGAUUUAGUGAUAAAAAUAGAAAAUACAAAACUGCACGUAAACAAGGAUCAGCUAAUUGCUGAAUCGCCAGUGUUUGAAAAAAUGUUAGCAAAACAAUCCAAAGAAAAAGAUCAACAGGAAAUAGUAUUGGAUGGAAAAAACCCUAAUGAUUUUGUGGACUUCCUAAGGUGUACACUACCUGGAACUGAUGAUCAAGUGACAGAUAAAACAGUACAUUUAGUCACUCCGCUAGCAGAUGAAUAUCAAACAACGAAAACGCUACAGAAGGCAGACAAGUUUCUUACAAACAAAAGCAGACAACUUGGUGAUAGAAUUAGUUCUCAGCAGGUUAUUUUAAAUAUUCUACAGGCCGAAUCAUACAACCUUACAACGUACCUAGACGAAUCAAUUGCAAUCGCGUCGAGGAAACUGUUAAGUCGAUUGGUAGAUAAUCCAAAAUUUAAAGAAAUUAGUUCUGAAACGAGGAUGAAAAUUGCAUUCAAAAGAUGGAGCGACGUCGAUCGAGUUUUUGAAUCGUCUGGUAAUCUUCAUGGUAUAACAGAAAGUGCAGACUUCUACCAACCUUACCAAAUGCCAGUAUUUGCACCAUCAAUGCUUGGAAGUCAACCAAGGCCGUCGGGUUUAUAUCAAGCAAGGCCUCCAACGGGGUCGUCUGGUUUUACGCUUGGCGGACAAAGUGGCAACGUGCCAACCCCUGACUUACAUUUCACCCUUACACAAUUUAUUCAACAUGAUGUCACUAAAAAUAUGGAAAACUCAAAACAAACAGAUGUACUUAUAAUGGAUUUCUCCAAAGCUUUUGAUAAAGCCAGUUAUAACUUGUUAACACACAAACUAAAUUACUAUGGGAUACAGGGGAAAACAAAUGCAUGGAUACAGGGCUUCUUAUCAUGUCGUACCCAAGCAGUUAUCCCAGAGGAUCAACUGAAUCUCGUACCGGAUGAUCACCCAUUGGCAUGGACUGAAGCUUUUAGUUCCUGUAAUGAUCCAAUAUACUGGCAUCAGAUAUUCAAUGAUUGUCAGCCUGAAUCAUGCAAUGCCUCAAGUGUCGCAGAUAUAACUAUUAAUGCGCCAAGUCUCGGUAAACAGCAGUAUUGGAUCUAUGGAUACGUACUUCGAUCACCUGUUUUAGCAAAUAUAGGAUGUUAUAGUUUGAAUACUAGUGUAAAGAAUGCAUUUCAACGCGGUUUCUUCAUACUUGAGCACAAUUCCGCCUUUGAAUGUUCAAUGGCCUGUCCGGAUAACAGUUUAGAGUACAUCCUUCUGAGGGGAAGAGAAUGUUUGUGUAUUCCCAUGAAUAAAUUCAAUAACCAGUUGAAUAAACUGAUGGAAGAAAGUACUGGUACUUGCAACCAAUCUUGCGCUGGAAAUACAGGAGACUUGUGCGGAGGUGCCUCAGUUGUCGAUGAAAAAUUGUUAUACAGUGCUUAUCUUGUUAUAACAAGAAAGAAAUUUUCCACAAAUAAAGUUGGAGACACCUGUGCAGUUCUACAUUCUAACGACCUAAGGCAACAUCGAUUUAGUUACACAACUUGCAAUUCAAACCAUGUUUAUAUUUGCGAAAGAUAUAAUAAGUCUGAUCACUCAUAUAAAGACAAGUGUCCUAAUGGAACUGCAUCAUGGUACAUUGCAAACAAAAAGUGUAAAGAACAGGAUUCACGGCUUCGGUCAUACACUUCAACUAGCUUUAGUUCUAGUUGUUCUCGACGAGAAGAGACUUUUUGGAUUGAAAAUCAUGUUGCAGAAAGAAUUGUGUGGGCAAAUGAUUCUUUACCAAAAGAUGCGUUAUGUUUGAAGUUAGUUAUAACUGAAUCCGGGUCCCAUUUUGAAACUGAAAGUUGCAGUAUUUCAUUGCAUUCAUUAUGUUAUAAACGACAACACACAUCUAGCGAGAAGAAUGAUGAGUAUUACACAACUACUGUAAUGUCUAAAAUGAAUAGUUCAACAGGGCCACGAUACACGUUCAGCGAUGUUGAAAAUAACCAGACUAACAAAGGUAUAGCAGCUGCAGUUGAUAAUUCAACAGAAAACUACGUUAGAUAUUUGACUGCAGUGUGUAUCAUUCUCGUUUUGAGUGUUAUCAUUGCAGGCACAGCGUUUUGUAUCAAGCGACGGUGUAGACAGAAGAUCUACACUUCAUUCGUUCCUCCACAUCCACAGAUUUACUCGGACAUUAACACGAAUCCGUACGAUGAAAUCACAGACUUUAACAUGCCCCCAAAUAUUGACGAAGAUGGAUAUGAAAUGCCGCGGUCGGCUAAAAAACAACGCUUGGAUGACAGAACUCCGAUGAAGCAUUAACCAUUAUAUAGUUUUGUAACAACGCAUAUCUCUUACAAUACAAGUUUAACUUUUCAAAAGGUAUCAGGUGCCUUGGAGAAUCAUUAAUUACCGUCAGGUGUUGUAUUGUUUUGUGUUGCUGUUUUGAUUUUGAUUUUGAUUUUGUUAUUUAGAGAACACGACGACAGCUUUUUUGUUUCUUAUUAUACUUUUAUUUGAGUUUUCAACUUCAAUAGUAAUUGUAAUAUAUUUUUAACAAAUCUAAACUUAAUAAUUCAAGGUUAUAUUCGGCGAAUUUUUUUCGAAUAAUUAUAUUUUGAUCUCCUUUAACAUGUUUCCCUAAAUUGAUUCUUUCAAUGUACCAUGUUUAGAGGGUUACACAUACAAUGUUGACGAUAUGUAUAUUGUUUUUUUUUUGUUCAACGGGGGUUUUAUAAAGUAC